AUGAUCAAAGCUCUGCUCGGUUGUCAGAUCUUCCCUGUUGAGCAACCCAUGGUGCGAGUGCAAGCUGCUUUGGGACUGGCUCGUUUGCAGAAUCCCACGGAUAAGAAAUGCCCCGUGAUUGAACAAUUACUAUGGCUAUGUCGUCAUGAUACCUCCUCUGAUGUACGCCGUGCUUCGUUGGCUGCCAUUGUCCUCACCACUUUCACUCUUACCUCUGUCGUCGAACGAUGUCGUGAUGUCUCCGACGCUGUCCGCAAAACUGCCUUCACUAUACUCGCUAAUAGGGCUGUGGUUAGACCUCUGUCUAUUGCGAAAAGGAUUGCUAUUCUUCAGGAUGGUCUGACAGAUACCUCUGGUGAGUUAAAUACCUUUUUUUGCUUAGACGCCAAGGUCACGAGUUCGAUGUUUAUCGUUUCAUCGUGCAGUGAUUGA